CCAAGUCUAAGUCGUCUCAGACUAUAUUUCCCAGUCAGGGCUCCAAGCAAAACCCAGCUGCCUGGAGAAAAUCCUGGACGAAUGGACUUGGAGAAUCUUCUUAGAAGUGAAGCUCAGGCUACUGUUGUACUAGAACUGGAGAUGCCCAGCUUGCCUGCUAUUUCUCUGCUGUAGUGGCCUCUGCGAAGUAAAAAGUCUUCAUAGAGGUUCUUGCUAUGUUGUUCUAGUUGGCCAAAACUCACUUGGUAGACCAACUUGGCUUCAAACUCAUGGAGAUCCACCACACCCAGCUAACUUUCAAGAGAUCUCCCUGUCAGUUCCCCAGCAUGACACUGCAGUGUCUCAUGCUCCUGGCUGGCCUCUUGAUGGGAGGCAUGAGCAAGUCUACAGAAAGCAAGGCCCAGCAACCUGAGUGUUGUAUGGAUGUGGUAGACUUCAAUGCUACCUGCCCAGGCACAGGCCUAUGUGGCCCAGGUUGCUACAGACACUGGAAUGCAGAUGGGAGUGCUAGCUGUGUCCGGUGCUGGAAUGGGACCCUCCCCACAUACAAUGGCUCUGAGUGCAGAAUUCUCACUGGCCGGGGCAUGCAGUUUCCCAUGAACAGAAGCACAGGGACACCUGGACAGCCACAUUUUGGGGCUCCUCAUGUGGCAGCUUCCCUCUUCCUGGGGACACUCUUCAUCAGCACAGGCCUCAUCCUCUCUGUGGCUGGGUUCUUCUACCUCAAGCGCUCCAGUAAACUUCCUGAGGUUUUCUACAGGAAAGACAGAGCCCCUGUCCUGCAGCCUGGUGAAACAGCUGCGAUGGUCCCCCUGCCACAGUCUUCAGUGAGGAAGCCAAGAUACAUCAGGCGUGAGCAGCACCCAGACAAGAGUAGGGAUCCUUCUGCCUUCUCCUCAGUGGAGGCCCACAUCAGCAACGUCUGACCUGGAAGUCAGCUGAGACUUCACAGCACAGCAUUGGUGACCCAAGGCUCCCUCCCAACACACAAAGGGCCUCUGGCUUAACAUAGGCCAUAAUUGGCUCCCAGUGACAGAUAUAUUCAAAUGCUAAGGGGAGCAGAUCUCCAUGCCAUGAGAUCUUCUGCCCCACCCUUACUAUGUGGUCUAACAGGAGUAACCAUCUGUUUGUGAGACCUGAGGACUCAAGAGCAAGUCGUAUGGAGUCUGGGCCCCUCAGGAGUCACAGCAAAGUUCCAGCAUCUGUAACAGGCCUGAUCCAAAUGGUCAAAACUUCUGGAGACAACCCAGUGGAACCCAUGUUAGAUAGGACUCUUUCUAUCACCACCAAGCUAAGAAGAAUGAAACCAAGGCCCAGACAGUGGAGAAAACAACCUGGAAACUGGUACCAGAGAUAGGUUGCUCCAGCACUGGCCUGCUAAUUUAUCUGCUGGCCUCCAAGGCGUAGAUUUCUGAGAGUUGCAGAAUUGAGUGUUCUGGGUUUCCUGAUUCCAGAGAACAGCAGAACCUAGUCUCCCAGGGACAGACUCCCAGCCAGUUACCUUUCUUUCAGGCUAAGUACUCAAAGUAAAAUGUUUAACUAUGAAGCUUCCAUAUCUGAACACUUGUAGGUCACUUGUGUCAUUGGCUUGUGAGAGCAUGCUGGUCAGUGGUCCUGUCUUUGCUGUUGCAAGCCUCCAGAAGCAGUGCCUGUGAGCUGCUAGUGUGGCUGGUGGCAUAGGUCAGUAGCUCCUGUGGAAGAAGGUGCUCUGUUAACCAAUGCCACCCUCCCUCUAUGGGCCAAGGGUGUCUAGCAUCUUCUUCAACAUCUGGCCCACAUCUUACUAACAGUGUUAUGAGCUUACUUUCCAAUACUUGAACCAGUGGUCAAGAUAGCAGCAGUGAUUUAAAGUUGGACCAAUUAAACUAGACUAGAUUUUCUCUCCUCUAGCCUUAUUAUCCCAAGGGUCAUCUAUUCAAUGUGUAUGGGCCAACUGCCCCAUUGCCAUGUUCAGGGGACAGGGAGUCAGGGAGGCAAAGAGGAUACCCUCAGCAGGAUCCAAGACCUGCCAUCUGUUGUCUGGUGGGACUAGUCUGUGAGUAUAGCACAGUCCAUCUCCACAUGUGGCCUUGGCCAGUUCCACAUGUACCCUUCUCAUUUCAGGAGGUGAUUACCCAUCUCAUUAGGACUUGAGAUAGAAGGUGCCAAUGAAGUCUGGCAUGGUUCUUCAGAUAAAACUACAGAUAUAACUGGGUGUGGUGACACAUGCCUUUAAUCCCAGCCCUUGGGAGGCAG